UCUACUGUGAAGUAGGACACAUCUUAUAGGAGCAUAUGAACAUUUUUUCCAAUAAUUCUACUGAUAGAUGAUGGAUCAGCCAACAAAUACACACACCCCUCAUCAGCACGAACCCAUCAGCUUUGGGAUUGAUCAGAUUUUAAACAAUUCUGAUCAAGAAAAUUCCUCACACCCUACUCCCAGACCGUCCGAUAACACGAAUUAUCUGGGAACCCCAGUAAACCGACCAAAUGCCCCAUAUACAUCGCUCCCAGCUUCUUUUUCCGGCAUCGGAGCGGCGUUUGAAGAGUCCGGAUCUUACAAUGUCAAUCUGAGUUUAGCUCCAGCUGGCGUGAUAAGAGUGCCAGCUCACCGACCUAUACCGGGUGCGGUCCCACCUCCCAUCUCCAGUGCCAUUCCAGCUUUGCCAGCUGUGCCCGGGCUUGGCAGCCUCAACUUCCCCUGGAUGGAAAGUAGUAGAAGGUUUGUGAAAGAAAGAUUUACAGCUGCAGCAACGCUAACACCUUUCACAGUGACACGCAGAAUUGGACAUCCUUAUCAAAACCGGACGCCUCCUAAGCGCAAAAAGCCACGGACAUCUUUUUCCAGGGUGCAAAUUUGCGAACUGGAAAAGCGCUUUCAUCGACAAAAGUACCUGGCCUCUGCCGAAAGAGCUGCUCUAGCAAAAUCCCUCAAGAUGACCGAUGCUCAAGUUAAAACGUGGUUCCAAAACAGAAGGACGAAAUGGAGGAGACAGACAGCCGAGGAAAGAGAAGCAGAAAGGCAGCAGGCCAAUAGAUUAAUGCUUCAAUUGCAACAUGAUGCUUUUCAGAAAUCACUGAGUGAUUCCAUCCAGCCAGACCCUUUAUGUUUGCACAACUCGUCGCUGUUUGCGCUUCAAAAUUUGCAGCCUUGGGAGGAAGACUCUUCGAAAAUACCCCCUGUUACUUCUUUGGUGUGAACACCUUUGGAUUUUUUAAUGAAACAUUUUACAUUUGUUUUUGAGACAGA